UGCCAAACCCCGAGAUGCCGUAACGCACCCGGAGCGUCUGGGGUCUUGCCCGGGGGCCGGAAGGGGCGCGGCUGCGGAUAAAAGGGCCGCGCUGGGUCGGGACCGCUUUCUUCCCGCGCUGCCGGCCGCGCUUCACUCCUCCGCCGGGCGGGCGGCCGACCCUCUCCCGAACCCUCGACAGAGGCCAGGAGCGCGGGCCGGGCCAUGGCGGGGGCGGCGGGCGCGCCGGCGGCCAGGCCGAGCCUGAGCUCCAUCUCGUCAGGGGAGCUGCGCAGCCUGUGGACGUGCGACUGCGAGCUGGCCCUGCUGCCGCUGGCCCAGCUCCUGCGCCUGCAGCCCGGCGCCUUCCAGCUGCGCGCCGACCAGCUCGUGGUGCCCGGCCCCGCGGGGCCUGCGGCCGCACGCGGCGGCUUCAACGUCUUCGGCGACGGCCUCGUGCGCUUCGACGGGCAACUCUACCACCUCAGCAGCUACAUGAGGAGGUAUGUGGAAUUGACCAACUACUGCGAUUAUAAAGACUACAGGGAAACCAUACUGAGCAAACCAAUGCUGUUCUUCAUUAAUGUACAGACCGAAAAGGACACCUCGAAAGAAAGAACGUAUGCAUUCCUUGUGAACACAAGGCACCCCAAGAUAAGAAGACAGAUAGAGCAGGGGAUGGACGCGGUCAUUUCCUCCGUGAUCGGGGAGAGCUACCGGCUUGAGUUUGAUUUUCAAGAGACAGUAAAGAAUUUUUUCCCUCCGGGAAACAAGGUGGUCAACGGAGAAAAUUUGAGCUUUGCGUAUGAAUUCAAAGCUGAUGCAUUAUUUGAUUUCUUCUAUUGGUUCGGGCUCAGCAAUUCCACUGUCAAAGUGAAUGGAAAAGUUCUGAAUUUGUCAAGUACAAGUCCAGAAAAGAAGGAGACCAUUAAAUUAUUUCUGGAAAAAAUGAGUGAACCUUUAAUCCGAAGGAGCAGUUUCUCUGACCGAAAAUUCAGUGUCACUUCCAGAGGCUCAAUAGAUGAAGUUUUUAACUGCAACCUGUCACCCAGAUCAUCUCUGACGGAGCCUCUUUUGGCAGAAUUACCAUUUCCAUGCGUGCUGGAAUCUGAAGAGAUACCCAACCAAUUCAUCUGAUUGGAUUGAACGUUUUGCAGUUCCUCCUACACCCCAGGUGGUACCAGAAGGUUAAGGGGGACACAGGAGAGGUGGGGGGCAGGUCCCUCUGCCCUCUGCCCCUACAGAGACCCCUCUCUGCCAUUUCCCUGGGCGACGGCUUGGCAGGUCCAAUGCAGCUGACUUCAGGGUGGGAGGUCUUGGCCCCAUGGCCUGCAGGCAGGGGCGUGGGGUUCUUCUCCUUUUAACGCUUCUCCAAAAAGGCAGAGGGAGCGGCAGAGUCCUGCCAGCCUGAAUGCUUGGCUAAUGCCCUAGUGCUCUGGAAGCAUCCCAGGAGGCCUCUGUGAGAGCUGUCUGACCUGGGGUUUGCCUUUUGGUGCUUCAUAAAGCUGGGUUUGGCCUCCUCUUGGGACUUCUUUGAACCCAGACCCAGCAAGGAUGGGGUUAACAAUGCUGUUCUCUUGCAAACCUGGCUGAGCAAAAAGCCCAGGACAUCUUUCACGGGAAGGCACGUACGUUUUUCAUCCUGCCCCCAGGACACCUUAGGAGAAACUCUCAAGGUGAAGGUUGCUGGAGGACUGGCCAGGCUGAUAGGACGGUAACCCUGCCACCCGCUGCCUGAAAUUUGAACUCCCUUGGCCUCCCUCCUAACAUAGUGGCCUGUGUAGAACGAGGCCAGGUGAUGUGAUACUGAACAUGACAGGAGAAGGAUAAUAUAUACGGCAUUGUCUUCUUUAUUAAAAGCAUGUUAUGUCAGUUGGGUAUUUUAUAAGCUUUUAGCUGUCCUAACACUAAAAGCAAAAUAGAAGAAAGCUAUACCAUUACCAUAAUACAUUGUUACAUCAAUACAUUUUUCAUCUCAUAGCUACAGUGGAGUUCUUCAAAAGAAGAAAAAAACCAUCCUAUUUACAUAUAAAAACCUGCAUGAGUGAAUUGCUACAUGGGCUUAUAAUGAGAAAGAUCCUGAGUAUAAUUUUUCUAUCCUUUUAAAAAAUGUUCCUGGAUUAUACAUUUCGAUAGCACUACUGAUUGUCCUUUCAUUUAUAUUUGAAAUGGCAUGUACCCUAGUUGUGCGAUUACACUUUUUCCUUCACAUUCAAUAUAGAAUUGAUUAAAUUUGUGAUCAAGUAUG